CGAGAUGAAAGCGUCUGGUCUUCCCAUCUGCCUUCUCUCUGCUGUGUUUUAUCUCUUCUGGACCCCUUCUGCUGGGCUGAAGACACUCCAUUUGGGAAGUUGUGUGAUCACCACAAAUCUUCAGGCAAUGCGAAACGGGUUUUCUGAGAUACGGGACAGUGUGCAAGCCAAAGAUGAAAUCAUUGACAUCAGAAUCUUGAGGAAGACUGAGUCUUUGCAAGACACCAAGCCUGCAGAUCAGUGCUGCCUCCUCCGCCAUGUACUGAGACUCUACCUGGACAGGGUUUUCAAAAACUAUCAGACGCCUGACCACCAUAUCCUCCGGAAGACCAGCAGUCUUGCCAACUCUUUUCUUACCAUCAAGAAGGACCUCCGGCUCUGCCAUGCCCACAUGACAUGCCCUUGUGGGGAGGAAGCAGCGGAGAAAUACAGCCAGAUUCUGAGUCACUUCGAAGAGCUUACGCCUCAGGCAGCGGUGGUGAAGGCUUUGGGAGAGCUGGACAUUCUCCUGCAGUGGAUGGAGGAGCUGGCCUAGGAGGAGGGUGACGACCCCGCUGGCAAAAGUGCUGGCCAAGAGUCCCAGC